GUCUCUUCUUACUUUUGAAUAAUAAAUAGCUUAUGUCAUAAACCUCGACGACUCGAUUUAGUCAGCCUCUGCUUUCAUCUCCAGCAAUUUCGUUGUUACGAACAAUGUAAAAGGAAAAAUGAAUGGAUAAACAUGAAAUGUCUCGUUGUAUGUGAAAGGAGCAUUAAAAUACAAGUACGGGUUUUUUUUUCUUUUUAAAUUGUCGUUGCUGGUCUCACGAUUGAGUCACAGCAACUAAAAUACGAUCACAUUAUAUAACUUGUAAACACUUAAUUUCUAGCUAUUUGACCGCCUCUUAGCUGACGCACACAACCAUACUCGUUUUGCUUGUUUAUUUAUGUCCGAAGCGGCCCAUUGAGGUUUAGAUGCGCUUCUGUUCUGCUGAAGCAAGUAGCGUCGGCCUGGUUGCCAUGGUGGCGGCGCUUGUUAAACCAGUAACCAUAGUGAUGAACAAAAAAAUGGACCGUCGCAGCAGAAAAAAGUAAAGGGCAAUGAGUGACGCGACCUGGAAAGUCAAACGGUACAUACAGCAGAGAGGGGAGAACUGAAAUCGAUGGGUGGAUACUAGGAAUUCAUUGCGGAGACCUGGACGUCACUUUUUCACUCUUGCCAUUUUAACAAGCAAAUAGAAGUUGUACUGAAACCAUCCUUGCCAAUCUCUUUUCCUGGUGAGGGUCAUGGUAGUACUACCUUGAGCUGGGCUGACCAGGCCUGCCCAUUCCCUUCAACUUUCUACAAACAUUCCUAGGGAAUUCUCAAAUGCAUCCAGAUUAUUAAGUUUAGUAACCCAAAGAAUGCCAUGGACAUAUAUGAGAAGGUAUUGACGAUAGGCCGUGGAGCAAGUGCUGAGGUCUUCCUAAUGAAACAUGGUGAAGUAAAGAAACUCUUUGCUGUCAAAAGAAUACAAAUAGAUUCAUCUAAAAAGACCAGAACAAGAGAUGCAGUUCUACAAGAAGCUGAAAUUUUGCGGAAACUCAAGCACCCCCAUAUUGUUACCUGCCAGGACCAUUUUUUUGAUCCUGAGAAUGAAUUCAUUUACAUUGUGAUGGAUUACUGUGAUGGAGGGACUUUAGAUGACCGUGUUAAAAGUCGAGAUGGUCAGAAUUAUUUUUCAGAGAAUGAAACAAUGAGAUGGUUUGUCCAAUUGGCCAUGGCUGUCCAGUACAUUCACUCUAUAAAGAUUCUUCACCGAGAUAUCAAGACGUCCAAUGUCUUCCUCACUAAGAAAGGUGUGGUAAAGUUGGGAGAUUUUGGUAUAUCUAAAAUCAUGAGCAGUACGUUAGAUAUGGCAAGCACCUGUGUUGGAACCCCAAGCUACCUGAGUCCAGAACUUUGUCAAGAUGUACCCUACAGCUCAAAGUCUGACAUUUGGGCUCUUGGGUGCUUACUGUUUGAAAUUUGCUCAUUGAAGCCUCCAUUUGAUGCUAAAAAUUUAAUCAGUUUGUUUUAUAAAAUUGUUAAGGGUGAAUAUAGUAAGGUUCCUGAUGUUUUCUCUGAAAAUUUACACAGUUUAAUUCAAAUGAUGCUGAAUGUUGUCCCUGAGGAAAGACCUAGUGCCAGCUGUAUUCUCAAUGUACCAUAUGUUCAGGAACAUCUUGCAAUGUUCAUCAAGGAGCAGGAAUCUCAACUGACAAUACAUCAUCUUGCAUCCAGGCGAUCUGGAAAAAUUAGUGUGGGAAAUGAUGAGGCUGCAUUUCUUCGGAGCAAAACUGCUUUUUGCAAUACUGAUAAAGAAGGUAAAGAUUUUCGUGCUGUCUCAGCUCCUCCAUUCUGUCAUGAUGAAUCAAAGGACAUUGAUCUCUCUGCCGAUAUUGAUGACAGAGAGUAUGCUGCCAGUCUGGGAGACAAUGCAGAGUAUUCUGAAGACUUUGAUGAUCAGGAUAGCUUGUCUUCAAUAGAGGAACAACUAGAUGAUGAAUUACCAGUGACAGUUCAGAAUGAAGAAAUUCCUGAGGAACUGGAAGUUGCAAAUGAUGAAGUGGAUUUUAAUUAUCCAGAUGAUUUUGAAGAGCCUGAGGAAGACAGCCUUACAGAGGUUGUCGUCAAUGCCCGGAAUGCAAUGGAGGUUGCGGCUGAGAAUGAUGCCUUCCAUGAAGAGAGGGAGAGAGGACAAGAGGGUGCAUUGUCUGCUACUUUAAAAACUAUACGGAAUAAAUGUAUAGAUGAUGUUGGUGAAACACUUUAUGAAGAAAUUAGUUUGCAUUUCCUGAUGGGAUUGACUCCAGAAGACUUGCAGCCUCAGUUUGAACAUAAGAUGGGUUUGGAUCACCUGGAGACUUGUUAUCUUAUAUUCAGCAUUGAAAAAGAACAAGCAUAGAAUGAGACAUUUCAUAAAUCUAAACACACUGAUCAACAACAUGGACAUUGAACAAUCGUGGGAAUAGGCUCCGAUAAUUUUGGAAUAUCAGUCUUUGGGUUAUAUAGGGCAUUAAAUGAGUUUUUGAGAAAAGUGUUCAUAAAUUUAAAUUUCUAAAAGCAUUUGUGAUAUACAAAACUUAUUAAUGUCUUCAGUUCUUUUUUGUGUCAUAUUUACACAAGCAUACUGCUAUGACCCUGUAUUGUAAUAAUUACGUUUGGAAAAUGAAACAACGAUUGAUUCAUACAAGAAAGUUAUCCUGUGGUGUAGCUGGUAGAGGUGCACUUGGGCUUUGUUACCUUCUCUGGUGGGUCACAGGCUGUCCUUAAUGUUGAUGUGUGUUCCUUCUAGGGUCUUCAGUCAUUCACCACAGUUGACGGACAUGCUGCCAGGUUUAUUGAUGUCAUUAAAUUGCCCAUCUGUGAUUGUGUGCACGCGCCGCUAUUUGAGUGUGCCGUGUGACCAGCUGGCCUUGUAUUGUGGGCAUCAGUUGGUGUCAGAAUAGACCCUACAUUGGGUUAGAGUGGAUAAAAAUACAAUGGUUCCAAUUUUCCUUUUUGUCCUUAAAUGUACGUCAAUAAAUACCAUGCUGAAAAUGUCAUUUUUGCCAGAAUAUACAUUAUGCUUAAAUACGGUUUAUAAUCAUGAAAAAAAAAACAUGAUUUAAAAGGAC